AUGGCCAGCAUAGCCGGCGGCGCCGUCGCCGAUGCCCUGAGCGGCGCGGGCAUGAGCGCGCCGACGGGCGCCAACAGGACCACGACCACGACCACGAUCACGACCACGACCCCGACCCCGUCGCCGUCGCCGACCACGCAGCCGCCCCUGACGUCGGUGCUCACCACCUACUCCAUGACCACGUACACGCUGCCGACGCUGACGUCGUGGGGCACGGCGCCCGACGCCCUCGGCGAUUUCAACCUCGGCGACCGCGUUCUGCAGCUGGUGUCUAGCGGAUCCAGGGGCGAGAAGAUUGUCCGCGGGUUCCUGAUGGGCGUCGCUCUCGGCAUCCUCCUGGGGGGCGCGUUGUGCUGCUGGGUGCCGUGCUUUGGCCGGCGGAGGCGGCGGCGGCGGCGGCAGAGGCAGAGGCGGCGGAACGUCGGGCGGACGGGGGGGCCGGCGGCGCUGGGGCAUGCCGACGGGAUGCCGACGAUGCCGGUGUCUGAGCGAAGCUACAUGCGCAUGCGGUGGGAAGCACUCUCACGGCCGCGCCGCCAAUGA